CGUGCGUUUUGUCGCGAAAAUUGAACGUCAAAACCGCAUUAACAUAGGAUUGCUAUCGACUGACGACAUCGAUACGGUCCCCGCACUAAGCUGACCCCGCUCGCGCCGUGCAAGCCGUCCCCUCUCCGCGUCCGUCAGUAGUACCUCCGCCCUCGUAUCGCGUAGUUCCACCAGCCGCAGACUGUGUCGCAAUGAGAUUCGCAGCGCUCAUUGCGCUGUUCGCAAUAGCGAUCGCCGACGAGCUAUGUUCAGUGGACGAUUUGCGGCAAAAACUAUAUGCUUUAGAAGAUGAAUUGUGGAGGAACGUGUCGGAUCCGAUGUGGAGACAAUCCGAUUUAGGGGGAGACGUCGAGCUAACAAAGGCUUUCGUGGCGCUGGACGAGUUGAUUCAGGCCGUACCGAGGAGUCGACGGCCCCCGCUCAACUCUUGGAUUUGGACGAACGCUAUCGAGAAAAUGCAAAUCAUCGACGGACAUUACAAAUACUUUGCCGAGUUCGCGAGGACGCAGUCACGGCCCGGCGCUGUUCCGGCGCCAGUUCGGGAAUGGAUGGACCUCACCGAAGCGGUGCUGAUGGACCCCAAGUCGUCUGUUACGAACUCGAUGAAGAAACUGGGCGAGCUGAUGAGCCACGGCGAGGCUGUCACUUACCGCCUCGUCAUGCUACAGGAGGGAGGCACGGAUGUGUGCACUUUGCAGAUGUCCCCGCAUCAAUUGAUUUACGACAUUUACAACACCAUAGCCCUGGCCGAGAUAAAGGGAUACGCCAUAAUGCAGUUCUCGUGGAUGCUGCUCAAAUUGUACGGAAAAGGAAACUUCUCACAAGAGGCGAGUCUGACUAGAGAACGUUACGGACAAAGGACAACACAGGCAGCCAACGUCGUUCGUGGAGUCCUCUCCUCGGCCAGUCGAGAUCUGUACAGAUGCGACCCGAUACAACACGAGGAAGGUAAAACGUACGACCAAGUCACACGUCUACUGCAAGGCUACAUCGAGAACGAAGUGGACAUGAACCCGCAGGGGACGUGCCAGGAGAACUGCGGCUACUACACGCUGACCCAGAGGUACGGCUGCUACGACGACCAGCUCUGCACCCAGCAAAAAACUUGCGGCGGCAGGAUCAUCAAUUGUCAGUACAUCGACUCGGACAUGUGGGUGUGCCCGAGCGGCGAUAGCAAGCGCCGAUACGACUGGGUCACUUACGAAAACGGGAGAACUCUUGGCCAAAAAGGAGAGUGUACCAGCGGUGGUCACAGCACCAAGGUCGACUCCUGGUGGAAAUGGAAUUUGUUCCAUUGUUCGUACUGCUUUUGCCUUUGUGAGGAUGCUGUCGACAUCUCUGAACGAUUCUUCAGCAUGCGAGAGGCCUUGGCUCAAAUUUCCAAGAACAAAGUGGUGACAGGGCUGCGAUUGAUUAAACACGGAAGAGUAUUCCAUCUACAAGUGUACGAGAGUACACUGAAGGAGAGGGGACUCAUCGAAGGAGGUGACUGGGUCCCAGUGCAGAAGUUCGAUCCCUUAGACCCUCAAUUCAAAGACGGCGUAGAUUACCACACGCUAACUUACGAAAACCGGGCCAUCGAUUUGGACGAUCUAGACUCGCCCUCCGGACACGUCCUGACCGGUGUCAGGUUCCGAAUGCUGGGCGCACAUCUACACUUCGAGAUCAGAUCGACGCCAUUCAACUAUACUACGGGACGACUCUCGCCAGAGAAGAGUCAGUGGAUCAGCAACGACAACACCGAGGGCUCCGCGAGGCCCAGGGUAAAACUGGAACUGAAGAAUCCGGACAUCCCCACGCGCAGCUCCGUGCCGCUCGCGGUGGACUCUGAGCACGACCAGUACGUAGAGUUCACCAACUCGGACCUGGAGGCGGACGCCGCGCAGAGCACCGUGCCCUUCAUCGACGUGCAGCCGGUGCUGCCCGCGGGCGCGGGCGCGCUGGCGAGCGGCGCGGGCGUGCUGCACCGCGGCGCGCGCGGCUCGGGCGGGUUCGUGGCGCUGCGGCUGCGCACGUACCCGCACGCGCGGCACGUGCGCGCCGAGCCGCCGGCCGACCUGCCGCGCGGGCCCGACCCGGCCGACGGCCCGGACUUUGAGCCUACGGUCAACUGACUCGCUUAGCUUUUAAGGAGAUUCGACGUGUUGCGAGAUUAUAAGUAACAGUGUGACGUCAUUAUUAGGUCUAAUACCUCAUGUAUAGUUUAAAGUUUCGAUGUGGUUGUAAAUGUAUGCGUUUCUAGGAUCUCAUCUUUUAUUUCUUCACACCUGUUUUCAUUAAGUUAUACGGAGUUCUGUUCUAUGUAGUCGAUAAAGAUGAAAAUAAAUAAUAACGAAAAUCAUAUUCGAUAAUUA